AAUCGCGAGGUUCUGGCGGAUUACUGCUAGAGCCUGAUGCGGAAGUGGACUUCCUUCUUGGAUCCAGGGUCUCGGGGGUGGAAAUCUGACAUUUUUUCGAAUUGACUGUGCAGCAAUGUUGUAAUUUUGACCAAACGACGAUGUUACAAGUUUGUAAGAACACCCUCAAACAUGCAGAUGAGAAGUUUGGGAGAGAGCAGAAUGUGGUUUGACUACAUUUCAGCCUCGGUUGCAAGUGGAAGAUACCGAAAGUUGGCCACCAGCCCAUUCCAAUUCCAGAAUCUCUGUCUCACCCCGGGGGCUGUUCCCAAAAGGACUUCGCUCCUGAAUUGUGAGGAAGUUGCACUCGGAUCAGUCAUUCAUAAUUAUUUCUUCAUCAAUCACAUGAUUUAUUGCACAGGACAAACGGCGUUAAUUCGACUGACGUUUCCCUGUUUUGUGCAAAAGUGAAAGAAAAAGUCACGUCCACUCACUUGGCAGACACAGCGGAUUCGGUAAAGACCUUAUGGAUUCUCUUUGAGAAACUUGGACAUGGCGAUCCAGGCAACGUUCACUAAGUGCGACUUUGUAUUGAACCUGGGUGGAUUCGUGCUGUACUUAGCAGAUGUUGGAACCGACCUUUGGGUUGCUGUGGUGUAUUUUCAUGAGAAGGAGUUUAUUUGGUUUGCUCUGGUUCUGACUGUGAUAUUGCUUUCUGCAGUAGUGCUUCAGAGCUUCAGCUGGAGUUGGUAUAAAGCUGACGGGGAGUUUCAUCAGGAGCAGCGUAGUUCUGAAAUACAGCACUUCCACAGCCAAAGAUGUAGCAGCCCCCUUUCCUGGCUGUGUGUCGUGCAUAUCUUUCAGCUGGGGAUGCCAGUAAGGUUCUUCAGAGCACUUAUGCUUGGAUACAAAGCAGCAUUUAAACAAGGAGAUAGUCACGCUGCCAUCUAUGCAAUAACGGACUUGAGCAUGUUACGAUUAUUUGAGGCCUUUUUGGAAACUGCACCUCAACUUAUUCUUCAGACAUUCAUCCUCCUGCAGUCCGAAGACAGAAAUUUUAUUCAGUAUGGAUCUGUGAUAAUAUCAUUCAUGGGCAUUUCAUGGACGACUUUGGAUUACUACGCAGCACUGAAAAGAUCUUUGCCCAAUCAAAAUCUAACUUGUGGAUUCCCUUAUGUGAUUUACUUCCUUUAUAAGCUGUUGACGAUUAGUGCCAAGAUUUUGAGCAUAACUCUGCUGGCUACUCUACACGUCCUAGCUGUUGCUGCUUACUUACUACUUGUGUGGCCAAUCAUGAUGGUCUAUGUCAUGAGGCAGAAGACUGCAUUUUGCAAAUCCAAAUGUCAAGAAGAUAUUUAUAGAACAGUCAUUGGUUUCAUCCUAAUUUUCACCUUUUUCAACAUAAAAGGUCAGAAAAUAAGACUGGCUUUAACUCUCUAUUACAUAUUUAGAAUCUUUGAAACGAGUGUACUAAUAAUUUUGUGUUGGAUACUGAAGAGUUCUUCACUUGACAAAGGCUAUGACCUAUCAAUUAGCAUAACUAUAAUGCUAUCAUUAAUUACAGGGAUUGUUUGCGUUGUGCUGUACUAUAGUUGUUUCCACCCUUCUGUUUAUUUAAAGGCUGCAACUGAUGAAGACUCUGAUAAUUCUCACACUGAAUCACAAAUACCUGCAUGUCAGGAUGAAGUUGAUGGAUUCCUACCUCAAAAUUCAAAUGUUAGACUUGACAAUGUGUGCGAAAAUAACGAUGUGAUUCACUCAUCAGUCCCUAAAUCCAAGAGAGAAAACAGUAGAAUCACAAAUUGUUUAACAGAGUAAUUAAGGUGAGGCUUAGGCACAGUCUGAAUUAACUUGAGCACCUUCCAUGGUGUUACAAUGUGGGACUUGACAAGAACCUUUUUUUAAUGCAGAUCCUAUAAGUGGUAGUUAUUCUUCACAGACUGGAAGCUGCAUUUUUACAACUAAUUAAUGAAUUGGAGAAAAGAAGCUUUGCUUGUAAUUUAAGUUCUACAUUAAGAUGGUUUGUGGCACCAUUCAGAAAGUAACAGGAAGCUUACUUGGUAAUGCUGACUGAUGUUCCUCCUCUCUCAAGCAAUACAAGAACAACUUAAAAUAGUCAUUCGUCUAAUCUCACCGGAUCUUCUGUAAGCAAAAUAACAGCAAGAGCCUGAGUAACCAGCAGCACACUCAAAAAAGUUAAGUGCUUGAGUGCAAAAUGUUUGGAGACAUGACAAGGUUCUAAGCUCACAUUUCAUGAACACAAGUAAAUAUAAUUUUAUUUGCUGUAAUCUAUAUAAUUGUUUUUACAUAUCCUUCUGUCAAUAAUACCUGACAGUCAUACCUAAAAUAUUGAUACGUAUUUAUGAGCUAAAGCAGUUUGUUACAGCUGACUAGAAAAGUGAGGCCCAUAUGUUCAGUAAAUGCUAAUGAUGCAAUAUAAAUAUUUGAGUAAUGUUGGUAUUGAGUCAGUUACCCUUUGGUAAAUUUUAUGAUAGUCUUUUUGGAAAACAAAUAUCCUGACAAAAUGAAUUCAAUUAUCUCACAAUCAUGUGCAACUUUCAGUUUACAACGAAACCUAAUGCAAGUAAUAAUUUCUCCAAUGCUAAAUUGUGUAUGCCAGGUACACAAAACAAAGUCAGAGAACAAAUAAGGAGUAGAUACAUUGAGCUAUAUUAUUCAAGGGAAAAGUUUGCCAACAUUAAUAUAAUCUGCUCAGCAGAAAGCAAUUAUGGGUUAAGAAAAUCCAAAAAACUUUUCAGUUUCUUAUCAGUCGUUCAAUUAAAUAUGAACAGGAGUCAUUUUGAAGCUAGAUCAUGAGUCACUUUUAAUUGCUUUGUUCACUUUGUAAUGAAGCAUAUAACAAUAGAAGCAAAAAUAGAAAUUGCUGGAAAAGCACUGCAGAUCUGGCAGCAUUUGUGGAGAGAAAUCAGAGUUAGCGUUUCAGGUCCAGUGACGCUUCCUCUGAACUGUAAUAACAUGCCACUGUACAUUGGUACCAUGAA